AUGGCCAUUGGCCGUCACUUCCCCAAUGACCACCACAGACCACCAGUCAGUCCAGCAGAUCUGGCCGUCGUCGGAGAAGAUCGCUAUCAGGUUUAUGGUGACUGCUGGGACGACGGCAGAUGCGACAUCCUUGACGACAUGGCCGGGCCGGGCCGGGCCGACCGACCGACCGACCGACGUCACUCCGACAUGUCCUCGUCUCCGUGUGUCUCUGGUUGCAGCUAA